AUGCUGAUAUCGCGAUUUCAGCAUGUUAAUCUCGUGAGCCUGUUGGGUUGGACAAUCCACAGAGAAGAGAUGCUCUUGGUCUACGAACUCCUCGAGAAUGGAAAUCUUGAGACUCACCUCGAGACCAAAGCUCACUCAACAAGGCUCGAAGUGAUCAAGAUCUUCAAGUCUUUCUUUGUGUUUGGAGUGAUGCUCCUUGAGAUUGUCACAGGAAAGAAGAACACGACCUUCUCUUACGUCCGCUCCUCCACGAAUCUCCUGAGUUUCGUUUGGAGUAACUGCAGGGAUGGUCACUGGAGAAGAACCGUAGAAGAGUCUAUCUUGGACUCAUCAACCAAUGAUGAUCAACUCGAAAGGUGCCUGAAGAUCGGACUCGGCUGCGUACAGGAGAUCGCAGAGGACAGGCACAAGAUGUCGCUAGUCGUCGCACUUCUAGAGAACCAAUCCUUGGAGAUUCCGGAUCCUGGACAACCGGGAUUCUUCUCGGCGGCGGCGGCUCCUCCUACUUCGACGAGACAUCAGGGAGAGUCUUCGGCUAGAGCUUCGGUGAACCAGCAGACACAGACGAUGAUCAGUGGGAGGUGAACCAGUUUCAUCCAUGGCCAAAACCGCUCCUCCUAGCUUGAGGACAAUCCCUUUCAAAACAGAGCAUAACCUCCUCUGCUAGCUCCAUCUCUAUCCAGAAAAUUUGGUUUUUUUAGGUCAUAAUCUCAUUCGUUUCUUGUUCUGAGUCUCACAUCUCGUCUACCUUUUUCAUAGUGACUUUACCAUAUACAUUUGUCUAGUGAAUUAAUCGGUUUAGUAUGAUGGCUUCGCUUAUAGAAGACUACAGAAGUCAGUACUUGCCUUGCGGCCAAAGUCACCUAAACUUUGCCCUCCAUUUAUAUUACAUCUGCCCAGUAUUGCCUAAUCAAUUGGUAAUCUAUAUACUAAGUCUUUUUUAAACAACAAUCCAAUUAAUCUGAUACUAGUUCUGCUCAAAGUUGCUAUCUUUUUCUCUCUGUAGCUAACAAGGAAUCAGUUUGGACCAAUGUAUACUUGAUGAACUUUGUUUCGGAGUUAUAACUCAUAGUCAUAGAUUAGAAUUAUACAUUCGCUUAUCAAUUCCUAAUGGAUAUUCUUUUUUUAAUUUUCAGUACUUCAAUAACUAACGGUUGUUCUUGAAGUGCUCGAUGAUGAUAAAUAUCUUUCAGUCAGAGAAGUGCU